AUGGCUUCACCUCGAUGUGCCCCUGGGUUGGUGAGAAACAGCCUUCCAAAACCCUGGGCCGAUAUACAUUAUCUAUCUAUCUAUCUAUCUAUCUAUCUAUCUAUCUCUAUAACAGUUUGUUCCUAUCUAUCUAUCUAUAUAUCGCCUGUUCCUAUCUAUCUAUCUAUCUAUCUAUCUAUUUAUCUAUCUAUCUAUCUCUAUGACAGCCUGUUUCUGUCUGUUCAUCUAUCUAUCUAUCUAUCUACCUCUAUGACAGUCUGUUCUUAUCUAUCUAUCGGUCGAUCUGACGGUCUGAUCCUAUCUAUCUAUCUAUCCAUCUAUCUAUCUAUCUCUAUAACAGUUUUCUGUUCCUAUCUAUCUAUCUAUCUAUCUAUCUAUCUAUCUAUCUAUCUAUCUAUCUCUAUAACAGUUUGUUCCUAUCUAUCUAUCUAUCUAUCUAUCUAUCUAUCUAUCUAUAUAUCGGUCGAUCCGACAGUCUGUUCCUAUCUAUCUAUCUAUUUAUCUAUCUAUUUCUAUAACAGUUUGUUCCUAUCUAUCUAUCUAUAUAUCGGUCGAUCCGACAGUCUGUUCCUAUCUAUCUAUCUAUCUAUCUAUCUAUCUAUCUAUCUAUCUUACAGUCUGUUCCUAUCUAUCUAUCUAUCUAUCUCUAUAACAGUUUGUUCCUAUCUAUCUAUCUAUCUCUAUGACAGUCUGUUCCUAUCUAUCUAUCUAUCUAUCUAUCUCUAUGACAGUCUGUUCCUAUCCAUCUAUCUAUCUAUCUAUCUAUCUAUCUGCAAUGAAGGCGGACGUGAUAAUUAA